AUGGCUGAGGGUAUCGUCCUCGGCGAGAAGCGAGAAAUACUGAAUGCUGAAACUAGUGUAGCAGGACGCAGACGGCAGAGGAUGCUUGCUGCGGCCAGAGGGCAGGCUUCAAAUGACCGUCAUCGUAUUAACAAUACAGCGCUCGGCAAAAGCGCUGAGCGGGUCACACGUGAUCUGGCAACGGUCGCAGCCAGGCGCUUCGCGGACCGCACUCGCGCGCCGAAUCUCGCAACAGACCCACGAUCGAACGAGCGACACCCAACUCCGGAAUCUGCCGACAUGGCACAGUUAAUGACUGUGCGGCUUAACAAGUCGGACCAACAGCCCCUGGGCUUCAGGUUGCAAGGAGGGAAGGACUUUGGAACGCCCCUCGUUGUCCAAAAGGUCAACGGUGGCAGUGCUGCCGAGCGAGCUGGUCUCCAAGCGGGAGAUGCCCUGAUCCGAGUUAACAACACCGAUGUAUAUGCCUUGCGACACCAAGAGGCUCAGGAUGCUAUUCGUGCAGCUGGAGGUGCACUCGAACUGACCGUGCAACGCGGUGGAGGUACUUGGAGACCAUCAGUGACACCCACCGGUAGCUUGCCAAGGCCUGGAUCUCGUCCACUUGGAUCUUCCCCUGCUCCAGUCACCAACACUUCACUUAAGGCAACACCACAGCCCUCACGCGCAUUUGGUUCUGGACAUAACAACGUCGCGAAACCGUUUGGUUACAUGAACGGCAAUGAUUCCAAAGGCAUUGUGAACAAGCAGUACAAUUCGCCUGUUAAUAUGUACAGCGAUAAGACGAUCGCCGAAACGCUAUCCGCACAAACUGAAGUCCUUGCUGGGGGUGUUUUAGGUGUUAACUUCAAGAAGAACGAAAAAACAUACGACUCUGAAAAGAGUGCUGUUUUCAAAGUACUUCAAGAGGAACAAAACGAUCCGGAGCCAGUUGAAGCCCCAUCUGCUCCGACGACGCCUGUGAGCGGGUUGAGACACGUACCUGCGCCAGUGGCCAAGCCAGAAGCCUCACUUAACAACACUGAACCGCCACAGACGUUUUAUUCGCGCGCGAGUGUUACACGCGCAGGCGCACCGAGCGGCUCACUUCAUUCAAAUACGCGUACUGCGCAUCCGCCACAAAAGCCACAACCGCGACGGGUCCAAUCAUUGUCCCGUGAGUCUACCGGAGCGCAGACGCCAAAUCAUCUCACACCGGAACCGGUGCAUCGACCCAGCAUCCCCGUUGGCUGUCACCAAGUAUUGCCGGACGGUCAGAUCGCUUUAGGAGCCCCAGCACAUCCUCAGCCAUCAAAUCAUCUGCCGGUCGUCCACGACCCGCCUUACUGCUCUGACUGUGGCAGCCACAUUGUUGGCGUGUUCGUACGCAUAAAGGACAAGAACUUGCACGUGGAGUGUUUCAAAUGUUCCACUUGCGGAUCGUCUCUCAAGAACCAGGGUUACUACAAUCUGAACGGGAAGUUGUACUGUGACAUCCACGCUAAGCUUGUUGCUCGCCAGAACCCUCCAGCACCGAACUUGGAGCCAGUUACAGUUGCACCAGGUGGACGCAUUCCCACCAACUCCUACACUACACCUCUUCCGCCGCUGUCAACUGGGAACUACACCAACGGUUCCUCAUCUAUGUUUAGCCCAUCUAGCAAUUUAUCUGGGCCAAAACCUUUCGGCUCGUCUAUUGGAUCUGCGUAUUCUCCUUCCCUGUCUCCGCGAUCGGCGCCAAUGUCACCCGCCCGCCCUGUGAAUGCGCCCGCGCCGGUGCACGUGCCUACGCCCGCCGCGCCUCUAUCGGCACCUUUCGCACCCAAGGCGCCUGUUUCAAUUUUUAAAGCCAAGAACGUUAAAAGCAUUGUGUGGCCCCCACCAAACCCUCCUGAAGAUGAAACACCUUCUCUAUCUUCGGAAAGUGCUCCAAAUACCCUCGUAAAAGAUAAUACUACUCUUACAUCAGAAACAAUGAUAAAGACAGCUACCAAUGAGUCUAAAGUAGCAAAAGAUGAAUUUAUGUCAGGUGACCAAUUUAUAUCAACUUUGCAAGAUACUGCAUUCUCUUCUUCUGUCUCAUUUUCAUCUGCUUCAAUGUCUGCUGCAACAACAGCUUCAUCCUUCUCUAAAUCAUCAAUGCAAAGCAAUUCACAAAUGACACAAGAAGUGUCUAGUUGCACGGUUCAAUCAUAUUCCGAGCAAGCGUCAUCUCAGGGACAAACCUAUAUGAUGUAUCAGACCCAAGCACCAGGUAUAAUGUCAGUCGAUAGCGAGAAUAGAAGCAUGGAUAAGAAAUCAAAGCACGAAGUCAGAGAAUUACAUUCAAAUGAGAACGCGACCAUAUCAUCUUCAUUUGGCACCGAUGCAGGAUCAAUAAAUAUGCAACCUUACAAAAACUUGGAAAACCAAAUUGGAAAUAACUACACUUAUACUCCACCAACACAAAUUCACACACAAAACAUGAACCAAUACGAUGCAAAUACCGAAUCCAAGCAAGUUAUUACAAACUUCAGUGAAAACAUGUCACAAGGAUUUACUAUUCAGGACUCAUCUAACACUAACUUUUGCAGUCGAGGUAAGCCUAUUAAUGAAAUCGAUCAAUCGAUAGAUUACAUAAAUAAAAUUCCCACUGGGCCGAUAUUGCAACGGGAGUCCACUAAUCCAUCGAGUAAAAUAUGUAGUAAACUUGAACCUAAACCUCUACCUCAGUCACAACCAAGCAAGCUUAAACAGAAUACAUCUGCGUCCGCUAAGAAAAUAUCUAAUAAGCAGAAAACUGCUACCUGUAAAUCUUCUGAAAUAAAACAUAUAUCUCCUAUGGUAGAAGCAUUAACUACUAUACCAGAUAGACCUUUUACUCCUGUUAGCAAUAUAUGUACGAUUCAAAGUAAUUUCCUAGAGGAAGGUUUUACUGACACGUUUAACAAUACUAAUCUUUCGAAAAGCAAUGUAAACGACGUUCAAGAUUGUGGCCUAAUUUUAUCUGGGCCACAACAUAAUAUUUUACGACCGGUAGAAAACUAUGAACCUCUUACUUUAAAAAUCGAUGAUAAAAAUACAUCUAUAUGUAGUAAUUCGCAGUUACCUUCCCAAGUAUCCGCUUUUGCACCUGUUGGUAAAGGUAGACAAGAGCUUCAAAGUAUGUCUUCUAUGAGUAAUAAUAUGACCACUCAAAACAUCACAACCAAUACACAACACUCUACAUUUACCACGUCUGCUAAUACCCACGCUAUGUCGUCAGUAAAGUUAACGCAAAGUUAUUACGAACAAUUAGAUCAAAAAGCAUGUUCAUCUUCAACGACAAAAUUAUCAACAUCUAAAGCAGGGGACGUUUCUAUUAGAAAGGGAAACGCAAAUAAACCUCAAAUGCAAAUGAAAGAAACACCACAAUAUAUAAAUUCAUUAGCUGUUUCGCAAGAACCAUUUAUUCCAGUAGUAAAUCAGAAUACGAAUCAAUUCAUUAAUAAAAAUGAUAAUACUAAUAUGUCUCCUAUCAUAGCUCCUUCGUCAACGCACGCCGUAUCAAGUGGACAACAAUUCAAAAAUUUGCCGCAAGAUUUAUCUAGAACAUCAAAUUAUAUGGUCAAUCCUAUUUCUAUGACUUCUCAAACUGUUUCAGAUGAAACUUUCAGAACGUCAUCACCUCGAAGUCGUCCUUCGACACCAGGCCUUAUAAAUAAACCUGCGCCAAUAAUACCACACUACCAAAUGAACUUAGUUACCGUGGAACAUUAUGCACCUGAAAGCCACACAUAUCAGCCGUCUGGGGGGGAAGGAAGUCGCACACCUACACCCAAGACAAGACCACGUACACCAGCUCAAGGACCGACAUUUAAAGCUCAAGCUCCGCGUAUGAAAGACUCCGAUCCACAAACAAACACUGGUCAAAGUUUGACUUUCUCACACCAACUUCCAUCAAAUUUUCAACAAGAUCUGAACUCUAUUCAGCCAACCCCAGUUUACUAUGAAUACAAACCACCGAUGGUAAAGGAAGAAACCCGAUCAAACGUUGAACGUCAAUCCGAAAAUUAUAAACAGGGAGACAUGUCUAUUAAACAAGAUUCAAUGAUCAAUCAAAAUUAUGGUCAGCGACAAAUGGAAACACAAAAUGUUGCAGAAUAUGGACAAACUACGGUGCAAACGACGAGAAAAACGUUCGAGGAGUAUGAAAGCUCACAAUCCGCUAAGAUGGUAGAAAUUAAAAAGGGUGGUCCCAUGUCUUCUGAGUCAUUUCAGCCAAUUGAAGCUUUUCGUCCACCUGCUAUUAACUCUAAGCAAACUUUACCUUCCUCUGCCAUGAGUUUUUCACCUUCGCAAAGUUUUUCUUCUAACGUUACUAAUGAUAAUGUGGAUACCACUAGACAAACUCAUAAAAGUACGUUUGAAAUGAGUCCUUCAAUUUCUGGUGCUAACCGUGCUCCAGUGUGUGAUCCUACCCCAUCAACAGGUUCCAGUGUAGGGGCUGCCGCUCGUGGCAAAACAUUUGGCGUGUCAUCGGCCCCCAAACGAGGGAGGGGAGUGUUGAACAAAGCUGUUCUGCCAGCUAACGAAGUACAAAAUUCGACCGGUUCUCACAAGAUGGAGUUCAAAAGUCCAGCUGAAGAGCGAUUAAUUAGAAAAAUGGCAAAGAUGGCCCUGAAUGGUUACGAAAUAGGCAUACAAAGGAAAAUUAAACCAGCCGAUCAUAUUCAAUCGAUGGCUGAAAGAAUACAAGAUACUAUUGUAACAAAUCACCCUCUUAACGCAGAAAACUCGCCUUCAGGUGAAAACAGCCGUGACAGUACACUCAAAAGACCUAAUAAAAUAAUAGAAAAAGUAUAUAAACAGUCAGAAAUUGAACCUACAAACAAUUUAGGAAGUGGUCAUCACAGUUUGAGUACUAAGUUUAUUACAGGCAACGUUCCUUUACCACCCCCACUUCCAACUACUCCUAUCCCCACACUCCAUAAUUAUAACUCUAUUAAUACACCUAUAAUCCUAGACGAACCUGUACUAAAAUCGGCAAAAGAUGUUAAUCACGUUGAUAAACUUCUGAAUGGCAACGGUUAUUCAAGCUCAGAAGAAACUAAAAAACCUGGAAUAGAAAGCAAUGGUUUUAAUAGUCUAAAACAUAAGAAUGACAUUACUAAAACAUCAUUUUUGACUGAACUUAAUACAUCUUUCAUAGAAAACAAUAAGAACAACAUUAAAAAUGACAAUACUUUUUCUAAUACUAUGACUAAAAGAAAACUAUUUGAAAGAAGCGACGCCUUAAAUGAUUCUAAUAGCUCAAUUGAUAACAAUGUUACUACAUAUAAAACUGUCAAUGGAAAGAAUGGCAUCACAGAGAAGAAUAGCUUCUUAAAUAAUAUUAAAAAUAAGAGUAACAUUAACAAAAUGUUCCCCGCACAAGAUGAAAAAGAUGAUUUGAAAAGUCUCGAAAACAGACCCGAAGACUUUAAGAGUCUACCAAAUAGUUUGCACGACAACUCAUUGUAUAGCUAUAAGACUAAUAACUAUAACAGUGAUGCUAAAAAUGGACACGAUAGUCUCGAUUGUAAUUCUGCCAAGGCCGAUACAGAGGAGGUUGUAGUAAGACGCCGAGAAAAGAAAAACAUAAAGAAAGAUGACGGUAGACGAGACUCUCAUAUCAUUGCAAGACCUUUGAGCACUAUGACCUCAGUGGACGUCGCCGAUGGGCAUUACGUCUGUCAUGUAUGCGACAAAGCUAUAACCAGGGGUCCAUUUAUAACGGCCUUGGGACGGAUCUGGUGUCCAGAACACUUUAUUUGCGUUAACGCGUCGUGUCGCCGCCCACUGCAAGACAUCGGAUUCGUGGAAGAAAACGGUCAACUAUACUGCGAGUUUUGCUUUGAACAGUACAUUGCACCAGCUUGUGACAAAUGUCAUGCUAAAAUUAAAGGGGAUUGCCUCAACGCUAUUGGAAAACAUUUCCACCCCGAGUGUUUCAGCUGCGUCUACUGUGGAAAACUUUUUGGAAACAAUCCAUUUUUCUUAGAAGAUGGCUUACCGUACUGUGAAGCAGACUGGAAUGAAUUAUUUACGACGAAAUGUUUCGCGUGCGGAUUCCCGGUGGAAGCCGGCGACAGGUGGGUCGAGGCGCUCAACAAUAACUACCACAGUCAGUGCUUCAACUGCACGGUGUGCAAAAAGAACCUCGAAGGACAGAGUUUCUUCGCCAAGGGAGGACGACCUUUCUUCUCUCUCUCACCAACUCCGUCGCCUACUUUCUGUCCUGCUCCUCCGCAAAGAACAAGAAAAUUGGAAACGCCCCUCCACUUUGAUGGAGGGCUGUUUUCUGAUAUCCGGAGCACAGAAGGCAAACUGCUUAGCAAAGUGACUGUAGAUCAUAUUCAUAGUUCCACAAAGCACGAUGUAACCGAUUCACCGGGUUUAUUAGAAAGUUACGGUUCUGAUGGAAACAAAGCUUUCGUAGAUGAUAUAAUUAAAACUGAAACUAUAACAAAUGAAGAUGUUAUAAAGGUGAAGUUUACCCCCGUUCCACUCGAAGUGGACUCGCUCCCACGCCUCUCACCGUUUCCAAAUAGAUCGGUUACUCCUGUCAACUAUUUAAGAAAUGACUAUGAUGAUCUAACCAGUUACAAAAUUGUUAAUUCCAUGUGUAAAGAACAAUUACUGCAACCAAAUGGACAAAGUGACGUUGUAAAACGCGAACCUAGUCCUUUAGCUAAUAUGCUUGUUUCUGAAAAGCUAACCAUAAUAGAUAACUAUUUGCAAGAAAGUUUAAAUAGGUGCUCUGAAAGCAGAGAAACUAUCGCCAUACAGGUGCCCAAGGUCGAGAGUGAGACGAAGCAAUAUACGGAUUCCAUGCAGACGCAAAACGGUGUUUGUAAGAAAGAAGAAUUGAGCAUGAGCGUAGUUGGUGACGCCCAAACAGGGUCAUCUAUAGCACACACUCAUAAGCUUAAUGACGACAUGAGAAGGAAACCCAAGCUAAACCUAAACAGUGUCGAAAAACAAAAACCAGGAGUAUUACGCAGUUUCUAUAACUUGCCAAUGCAUUACCAUGCCGCAAUCCUAUGUUUCUUCCUGAUUAUAUAUAAUCUUAUAUAUCAAUAUAUAAAACAAAAUUGCUACGGCAAUAAAACUCGUGCCACGCUUUAG